AUGAAUGCAACACACAACGACGUUGAAUUAAUUACUCGAUUAUCAAAUAUAAGUUUAUAUAUUAUACGUCAUGGUCUUCUUAUAAUGAUAAUCCUUGAUCUUGUUGGUAAUGUAAUGACUGUAUUUAUUUUUCGACAACCAAAACUUCGUGCUAAUCCAUGUUCAUUUUAUUUGAUUUCAACUGCUUAUGCUAAUCUUCUAUGGAUUCUAACAAGUCCGUUCGUUCGAAUGCUUUCGACUUUUGGAUUAGAUUUAUCAGAACGUAUCAAUGUACUAUGUAAAAUGCGUCGAUCAUUGGCUUAUGCAUUAUCAAGUUUAUCAAUGAUCUCUGUCGCUUUAGCUACUGUUGAUAGAUUUUUAGUUAGCAGUACUCAUGUUGGAUAUCGUCAAUUAAGUUCAUUACGUAGUGCUUAUCGAUUAGUAGCUAUUAAUACGAUUAUUUGCUGUCUUAUUUUUUUCGUAUUUACACUUAAUAUAGACAAAAGUCAAUUGCGUUCUAAAAUUGAAACACUUUUCGAUGAUGCAACAUUUUUUUUUACUACAUUUCAAAGUUCAUUUUCAUUUUAUAUUUAUGCAACGAGUGGUGGACAACUUUUCCGUCAAACAUUAAGAGCAUUUCUUAGGUCUAUCAUUUCUAAAUUUUAUCGUUCAACAAGAAAUAUUAAUAUGGAAAACAUUGUGGAACUUCAACGUCUAAGAAAUCAUAUAUCAUCUUAG